AUGACCGUCGCGAGGGGUGGACCGGCGACGACGAGCGGUUGCCGACCCACCUCGAGACCGGUUCGCGCGCGUCCCGUCGCCGUGAGGACCGUGUCCCGUCGAACGCGCCUCGCUCGGCCAGAUUCGGGCCGACUGCCGGGGCUCGCCGGGCGACGCCGCGCGGAGAGGAAUCCACGACGGGGACCGGGUUCGGUCGCGACGCGGGCAUCGGACUCGGGCGGGGAUCUCGACGUCGACGACGAUCGGCUCGAGGCCAGGGGCGUACCCGACGCCUUCACCUCCGGGUCUGCCGCGUCGUCGUCGGAAUCGCGUUUCGUUCAAAAAGGCUUCGACGCGGGGAGGCGCGCUCGUCCCUUGGGUGGAUUCGACGGCGACGACGACGACGACGAAUCGGACGCCCCGAUCGCCCGGCGGCCUCGCGUUAAACCCGACGCGGCCGCCGCCGCGAACGGGGCGGACGGGGAGUUCCCCGCGUGGGAGCCCAAGUUCCCGAGCUCGCUGGACGACCUCGGCGAGCGUUGGCGCUCCAUGCCGUCGCGGUACCGCAUCCUACUCGGCACGUGCUGCGCGUUCGUCCUGUGCAACAUGGACAAGGUGAACAUAUCCGUCGCCAUCAUUCCCAUGGCGAAGGACAUGGGGUGGUCCGUGGGCACCGCGGGGCUCCUGCAGAGCGCGUUCUUCUACGGGUUCGCGCUCUCGCAGCUGCCGGGCGGAUACCUGGCCACCAAAUUCGGCGGGGCGAGGAUGUUACCCAUCGGCGUCUUCAUCUGGUCCGCCGCGACGAUGGCGGUGCCCUUCGUCGCGGGGGAUACCACGGCGCUGUUCAUCUCGCGGGUUCUCGUGGGUCUGGGCGAGGGGAUAUCGCCAGCCGCGGCGACGGACGUGAUCGCCAGGUCCGUGCCGCUGAGAGAACGUUCGCGAGCGGUGGCGUUUGUGUUUAACGGAUUCAACAUCGGCAGCGUCUUGGGUCUGUCCGCGGCGCCGCUCAUCAUCGAGGCGUUCGGGUGGCGCACGGUGUUCGAGGUGUUCGGCGCGCUCGGCGUGCUUUGGGUGAUGUCGGUGGGUUUCGGCAUCUACGCGAGGGGAGGCGCGACUCCCGGGACGCCGGCGGGGGCUUCGGGAGACUUAGCCCCCGUGGAGGGUCUCACGGGCCAGAGAAAGUUGGAACCCGGCGCGGAGGAACGGGACGGGGUGCCGUGGGGUCAGAUCUUCGGUGCGACGCCGCUGAGGGCGCUGGCGUACGUGCACUUCUGCAACAAUUGGGGCUUUUACGUGCUGCUCGCGUGGCUGCCCAGCUACUUCACGCAAGAACUGGGCGUGAACCUCACGAACGCGUCGCUGUUCACGCUGCUCCCGCCGCUCGGAUCCGGUCUGGUGGCGUCCGCGGUGGGGCCGCUCGCGGACAAUCUGCUGGAGCGGGGCUGGGAGGUGUCCAGGGUUCGGAAAACGGCGCAGGCCAUAGCGUUUUUGGGGCCGGCUUCAGCAAUGACGGCGGCGGCUGCUAUUGACGACCCCACCCUGACCGUGGGUUUACUCACGGUUGGUCUCUCAUUGGCGUCGUUCUCAUACGCGGGCCUGUACUGCAACCACCAGGACAUGUCGCCGAGGUAUUCGUCCAUCCUGCUGGGUAUAACCAACACGGUUGGCGCGCUUCCCGGGGUGAUUGGGGUUCCGCUGACGGGAUACCUGCUGGAGAUGACGGAUAACUGGGAGCUCUCCAUGUUCGUGCCUGCGGUGUUCUUUUACGUCACAGGCGUUGGGGUCUUCACCAAGUGGGGCAGAGCGGAGAAGCAGUCGUGGGGGUGA